UAGCAACCAAUAGAAGCUGGAGGGGUGGAGCCUGCUGGUUUGUGGCGGCUGCGGCGGAGCUUGCAGGCGUCUGGUCUUGCUGGCUCAGCACGCCUGAUAAGCAUGAAGCUGCUGUGUUUGGUGGCUGUGGUGGGGUGCUUGCUGGUACCCCCAGCUCAAGCCAACAAGAGCUCUGAAGAUAUUCGGUGCAAAUGCAUCUGUCCACCUUAUAGAAACAUCAGCGGGCACAUUUACAACCAGAAUGUGUCUCAGAAGGACUGCAAUUGCCUGCAUGUGGUGGAGCCCAUGCCAGUGCCCGGCCACGAUGUGGAAGCCUACUGCCUGCUCUGCGAGUGCCGGUACGAGGAGCGCAGCACCACCACCAUCAAGGUCAUCAUCGUCAUCUACCUGUCUGUGGUAGGGGCCCUCUUACUCUACAUGGCCUUCCUGAUGCUGGUGGACCCUCUCAUUCGGAAACCAGACGCUUACACUGAGCAGCUACACAAUGAAGAGGAGAAUGAGGAUGCACGCUCCAUGGCAGCAGCUGCUGCAUCCAUUGGAGGACCCCGAGCAAACACUGUCCUGGAACGAGUGGAAGGCGCUCAGCAGCGAUGGAAGCUGCAGGUGCAGGAGCAGCGGAAGACGGUCUUCGAUCGACACAAGAUGCUCAGUUAGAUGGCUGACAUGGUUGCAUCAGGGACCCAGGCCAUGGCUACCAGCUUCUGGGGUUGGACAGAGCCAGUGGCUAAUUCCCUUCCCUAUUUGAAGUCUUCCCUCAAAAACCCAUGGCAUCUGUCCUUCUCCCUCUCUAGAAAUGUACUUGACUGUUAAAACUAGG